CCAGGUCAGCGGUGAGGAGGAGGAGCAGUGGCCCGCGAGGAGGGGUCUGUCUCCGGGUAUAAAUGCGGCUCUUCCCGCCUCCUCCCUCCUUCUUCUUGCUCCUCCGGCGGCUCCUUCAUCAUCCUCCGGUUCCUCUUCAUCAUGGGCUUCGGCGACCUGAAAUCGGCCUCCGGCCUCAAAGUGCUGAACGACUUCCUGUCGGAGCGCAGCUACAUAGAGGGGUACGUCCCCUCGCAGGCCGACGUGGCGGUCUUCGAGGCGAUCUCGUCCCCCCCGUCAGCCGACCUGUGCCACGCCCUCCGCUGGUUCAACCACAUCAAGUCCUAUCAGAACCAGAAGAACAGUCUUCCAGGUGUGAAGAAGCCUCUGGGUCAGUACGGCCCUGCGGGCGUGGCUGACGCCACCUCCGGCUCCGCCCCCGCCUCAAAGGACGACGACGACGAUGACAUCGACCUGUUCGGUUCCGACGACGAGGAAGACGCAGAGGCGGCCAGGCUGAAGGAGGAGCGUCUGGCAGAAUACGCCGCCAAGAAGGCAAAGAAGCCCGCCCUCAUCGCCAAAUCUUCCAUCCUAUUGGACGUCAAGCCGUGGGACGACGAGACGGACAUGUCGAAGCUGGAGGAGUGCGUCCGCAGCAUUCAGAUGGACGGGCUGGUCUGGGGACAGUCCAAACUGGUUCCGGUUGGUUACGGCAUCAAGAAGCUGCAGAUCGGCUGCGUGGUCGAGGACGACAAGGUGGGCACAGACCUCCUGGAGGAACGCAUCACGGCCUUCGAGGACUUCGUUCAGUCGAUGGACGUCGCUGCUUUCAACAAGAUCUGAAAACAAACCUCACGUUAAUAAAAAGCACUUCAACAGGAAA